GUUUGUUGAACAGAGAGACAGCGUUUGAGUGAUCAGUGAAUGUGUGAACGCGUGAUAUGAUGGCCAACGAGUCGGAGGGGCCCUCCAAACAGGACUUGUCCACUGUCUUCGCCAAACUCAAGACACACACUUCCAAUAAGACGUGUUUCGAUUGCGGGGCGAGAAGUCCAUCGUGGGUUAGCAUCACAUACGGUGUGUUCAUUUGCAUCGACUGUUCCGCUGUCCACCGCGGCCUCGGAGUCCACAUAUCGUUCGUGAGGUCCUCCGAGUUGGACACCAAAUGGAAUUGGUCUCAACUGCGAGCCAUGCAGUGCGGCGGCAACGCACCGGCACACCAGUUCUUCGUCGACCACAACUGCACCACAAAAGACUCCCAACAGAAGUACUCGAGUCGAGCGGCGCAGCUCUAUAGAGACAAAUUGGCGCAAACGGUGGCCAAUAGUCUCAAGAUUAGCACUAAUUUAGUGCCAUUCAUAAUGCCCUCAUCUUUUCAAAUGUAA